AUGCCAAACGAGUCUCUCUCUCUCUCUCUAUCUAUCUAUCUAUCUAUCUAUUCUCUUCAUAUCUACCUAUCUAUUUAUCUAUGUAAACUCUUCAUAUCUAUCUAUCUCUCUACCUAUCUAUGCAUCUCUUCAUAUCUAUCUAUGUAUGUAAUCUCUUCAUAUCUAUCUAUCUAUCUAUGUAGUCUCUUCAUACCUAUGUCUAUCUAUGUAGUAUCUUCAUAUCUAUCUAUCUAUCUAUAUUUGGAAAAGCAACUGAAGCACAAAAUCAAGUCAUUUAUUGCAUUUUCGGUUGCAAUUGAUGAGAGCACGGACAUUACGGAUGUUGUACAACUGGCCAUAUUCAUUCGUGGUGUAGACAAGACUUUGACCGUCAGUGGGGAGUUCCUGGAAUUGGUUCCUAUGAUGGACACCAGAACAGCAAAUGAUAUUUUCAUCUCUAUCGUUGGAGCGCUGGACAGGUCAGUGAGGACUAGACCCGUGUUGCCAGCGUGGCUACAGAUAUCGCUCCAUCAAUAG